GCUCUAAACUAGUCUAGAGUCUAAACUGUGUUACUGUAGUAUCCACCAUUUGCUUGCCGGUAUCAGCUUCGCCCGGAGGCAACGAAACUAACUUAGUUGGCCGUGCUUUAGGAUUGGAAAAGAAGGUUCUUUUAGCCUGUAGAAAUAUAUGGUGACGGCCUCGCUACCGGCAAUAGACCCUUUGAGAGUGGAAAACUGAAGAUGAGGAUCAGAGGGUUUCCAAUGGCGGUGCCUCAGCUCGUACUCGCGACGGCGCUGAGCGCUCUGGCUUCGGUUAGCAGCCUCUCCCUCCCACCGACAUCCGCCAUAGACGCACCGCAGUCGGCGGAGUUCAACUGCAUGAGCGAGUGGCUACAACUAGCCGGUUCAAGUGCCUCGGAAGCGGCCAGGAUUGCUCGCUCGAGGGCUGUCCUUGACGCUAAGCUGGACGAGAGUGGCGUACUGCGGUUUCGCAAGUUCGUCCUCAGUUUGAUUCUCGGUCACAAUCCAGAACUGGCCGAUCAAGUCAAGAAAUGUGUCGGUCGUCAGCCCGAGUGCCCGGCCGCCAGCAAUGCCCUGCAGCUGCCGUGCAAGGAGAGGGGCAGGUGCACGUUCAAUGUCACCGUCGGAAAAGCCAUGUGUGUUUGCCCGCCGGGACGCACUGGAGAGGAAUGCGUAGAUAUUGACGAGUGCUCGUCAGCGGCUCUGAACGAUUGCGCUGACGACGAUGUCGCCACCUGCUUCAACUCCAUCGGCUCGUACGCCUGCGAGUGCCGAGACGGCUACCGCGGAAACGGGAGAAGCUGCCAAGAUCUGGACGAAUGUUCUAGAGGCACUGCUGACUGUGAUAAAGCACACGCGUACUGUAACAACACAAUAGGUUCAUACCAAUGUACUUGUGCGUCAGGCUAUGUUGGAGAUGGGAGGACUUGUGAAACCGAUCCAUGCAUCAGAAGUGAGAACCAUGCCCUGUGUCAACAAGUCGAGAAUAUCAAAGCAAACCACAAGAAGCUAGAGAUGCGCCUUAUGCAGCGCGAUCAGCAGAUCGGCCAUUUGGUUGAUGACAUGAAACUACUGGCGUCGAUCUUUGUGCGGCGGGAGGAGAAAGUCGACAAGCUUUCCCAAGAUCUGAAGGACGCCACGGCCAAGCUAUCCGGAGAAAUUGCUGAAGUCCGCAAAGAGGAGGCAUCUAAGUGUGGGAUCAUUCGUGGAAGACAUUCACGCCGGAGAAGGUUAGUCGCACGUCUCAGAGCAUGGGUAACCUGACCUUUGUCAAGACUCGCAACGACACAGCCCUCCGUGUUGUAUACACAUCAACAUUCGGGUUUGCCGUACAGGGCUACAGGUACUCUAACUGGCGUUGCGCGAGGAUUUCCGUGCUCAUAAAUGGUGAGGAGUGCUCGGAUCCCGGACCGAUCAGUAACGGAGUCGGUGGCACGGCACGCACGACUGAUUUCAGUCCCGGGAUAGUCAGCGGAAUAUGCAACAUCAACACUGCCGGUGAGAUGACCCUGUCGACCGUUGCCCGGGGUGACUGCACGGGUACGACACCUUACGAAGGCUACUACCAAGGCAGUGCAGGGAUCACACCGUCACUGCAUGUGGAGGAACUUUGUCAGAACUAGCCUCGGAAUGCACGCCUGUAAACUGUGUUCGCACAUGCACACGCCUACACACAUACACACACGUGUACACACAUGCAUGCAUGUACACACACACACACACACACACACACACACACACACACACACACACACACACACACACAUGUGCACUUUUUUGUGCAGAUAGAAAUACAUGAUCGUCCCGAAAAGCAUAAAAGAGCAUGCGAAAACCCGGUUGCCUUCUGUUGGCUCCCCCCCCCCCCCCCUCCCGGACCCAAAAAAUAAUCAUCUUAGGCUUGCAGAGAUUGGGUUGAGUGUUCUACUUCCAAGAUAAAGGAAUGAUGUUUCCAAGCCUGCUCCUUUGCUUUUCCCAUUGGGCAACGCUUGCCACAAGCUGGCAUCACAUACCCAUAUUUUGUCUUUUCUUGUUUUCUGGAUUGCUCAAGGGCUUAAGGCUACAUGUAUUGCAGUAUGGGCAUGAUUGUACUGUAUCGUUGGGCAACACCAUAAGGCUGCAAACUAUCGUGGCGGACAAUUACGUGAAUUCCGCUUUAACAUAAUGUGUACCCAUGCUGCCCUGUUCGUGGCACAA